AGUGAGGAGGGGGGCUGUGGUUGGGUGUUUCUGGCCUGUGCAGCCUGUGCGGGGCAGGAGGGGAGUGAGGACAACCCCGAGGCUGCUGUGUGUGGGGACACUUGGGAGGGGAGGAGUGCCAUGUCCCAGCCAGCACAGCAGACUGCUUCCCUUCAGUUUUUCUUGUGCCGUUGCCAUUCCCUUGUUCUCCCUGGGACUCUUGCUUUCCUCCUCCAGCUCCCUCCUUGCGUCUUCAGUGACCUUCAGGUGCAGUGUGCCACAUCGGCCACAAAACUGAAAAGCCUGUAAUAUCAACCCUGGGGACUCGCCCUGCUCUCCUAAGUGAAAAGGUCACAUAGGUUUCCCACUUCUGAGCCUCUCUGUAGCAAAGGGUGCUCACACUGAGCCCGCCCCUCAAAAUCUCUCCCUCAGGACGCUAGAUCCUUUCGAGGGAGCCAGGGGUACCACACCUAUCAGCACCGUUAGGUGGGCAAAUCUGAUUCACAAGAUGCACCCAGAGAUUUCAAACAGAAAUCCAGAGUUGUGGUCUUUGAGUUCUUUGCAACAGAAAACUGCUGGGUUUUUUUUUCAGUAGUUAAAAAAGAGUGAAAAUGAAGAGCUGAUGUUUUCUGAGGGGUUCCUCUGAUUGAUCCAGGUUGACAACCACUGCAUUCGCUACCUCUGUAGUGACCAUUUCUGCCAGUGCUGGAGCAGGGUCUGGGCUAGAUGGACCGUGGGUCUUUUCUUCUUAUGCCCCUUUCAGAUCCCUGAUUUUGGAGCUUCUUAAUUGCUUCCAUCAUGUUUAUUUUUUGGUUGCUGAUGGCAAGCCCCUUCCCCAUUUUGUAUGCACACCUCAGCUCCCUACUCUUGCCCUGCAAACUUCCUCCCCUCCCAAGUACUGCAUGCAUGUGAUGUCAAUGUGUUAAUGCAUGAGGGAAUGUAAUCAUGAACUACCAGGGCAGAGGAAGAUCUUAGGUGAACAGAAAUGGUAUAACAAAUAAAGUGAACGAAUGAAAAUACAUACUCUGCAGUCCAUAUUGUUCUUCUAACUAAUAAUAUACAUGAACAAACUGCAGAAAGAUCUUGGGCUAAGCAGGUGGUCUCUGAAACAUCAUCAACAUGAGUAUAUGGCAAUCAUUUACUGUAAAACCCCACAAGUAGAUGGCACCUUGUUUUUAAUGCUUGUUCUAUUUGCAGAUGUACAAGACAGUUAAUCUUCGUAUUGUUCUGCUUGGAACUGAGACGUGGACAGAAAUGGACAUUUACUCAUUGGCUGGACCAUGCUUUUCACUUUUUUACUCCAUGGACUAGAUAGUUCCUUAAACCCUGCAUACACUUUGACCGUGCACAAUUACUCCUGUAAGAGGCAGACACUAUCGAGGCAUACUAGGACUGGUGACACAAGGAACUGUAUGCAACACAGACGCCUCACCAUGUAUUAUUAGGAUGUCUCUCCAAAAUUGGAGGUUGAUGGGGAAGAGGAUACCUGCACUUUUUCAGUAACUGGGUGUAAUGUGUUUCUGCGGAUGCGUUGCGUUGCACACCAGAUGAUGCGGUCCACCCAGCCCAACUACAAAAGGCUUGAGGAAAAUGAAACCAAGGUGCCAAACUCAGUGCUCCUUUUGACCAGCAUACUGAACACUAAGUUAAUUCCUAAAUAUAUGUUGUAAGUGAAAAACCGUUCUUCUGUUCUUUUCAACUGAACUACUAGUUUGAGAAAUAUUAACACCAGAAGACUUGCCGUUCUGUGCUAAUCCAGUGGUCUGUCUAAUCUGGUAUGCUGUCUACGACUGGUCACAAUUAUUGGGGAAUAAUUGACUGAAGGGUAACGUUGAGACGGGCAUCCAGUCUAGAUAUGAAAAGAGAAAGGGAUAGAGACCCUACCACUUCUCUUUGGUUUACUGGUUAAUCCACCUUGGUUUUGGGGGUUGUUUUAAAGCCCAGUUUUAACCUGCAAAACCUUAAUUCUUGUUUUACCAGUCUCCCCUAUAAUUAAAAAACAAAAACCAAGCAAAAACUAAAAAUCCUUUAGUCCCCUUUUUCCAUUAUUUUGGCUGAGAUUGCUGGUAUAUUAAAUGACCUAUAAUUUUCCUCCUUGUUCUGAUUGCCCUUCUUAAAAAAUGGACUAAUACAAGCUUUCUUUCCAUCUUAUUUUAGUCGCAUUUAAAAUAUUCCCCAUUAACAGCAGCAACAGGAUGCAGAUCUUUGUAGUCAGCUCUAAUACCACAGGGUUCAGGGUAUCCAGCCCUACUCAUUUCAAAAGGGUUUUCUCCAGUAAGAGCUGUUUUAUGCUUUACUAGCCAAUCUCCCGUCGUGAAUUAUAGAGCAUUUCAGGGGGAGCUGACAUGCCCCCAGCCCACACUCUUUGGGGCCGGUCAUGUAAACCAGGGGUAAUUAUUUUGGGUGGAGGAUGACUUAUCAAGUUUUGGCAAGCUGUUGAAAGCUGCAUGGGUAGCUCCACCCCCUGGCAGGUGCCCCACCCCCUGGUCACUGUCUUGUGACCGGAAGUCCCGCCCCCGAACCCCUGACCUUCGUUACCAGAUGUCAGUCCCCUUGCCCCUGGAAGUACCCUUCCAGCAAGGGGUUGUGCCAUCUUGGAGCCAGCAAAAUACCAAAUUCCAUUCGAAAAAGGAAACCUCUACAGCAUUCGUGAAUUCGAUUUCCAACUGUUUUUGUCCUGGUUUACACGUGUUUGUGUCGUGCACACAGAGGGGAUUGCACAAUGGCUUGAAAUGCAGUUUUAGUUUUGUAUAUUGGGGGGUGCGUAUAGGUUUGUGGGGGGCUGUGGGUGUGUGGGCACGUGGGGUGAGGGAGCACGUGGGUGUAUGUGUGUGGAUAUGUGGGGUGUGGGUGGGUAUGUGGUCUGUGGUGGGCUGUGUGAGGGGGUGUGGAUGUGGGGAUCAGCAUGUGUGGCAGUAUGAGGGGAGUGUGGGUGCUUGUGUAUGGUGGGGAGUGUGUGUGGGACUCCUCCAAUGAGCACACACACUCACCCACCCACUCUUCCCCUCUCUGCACUCCCACACCCACCCACUCUGCCCCCAGCUGCACACCCACACCCACCCACCCAGUCUGCCCCUGGAUGCACACUCACACCCACACCCACCCACUCUGCCCCGGCUACGCACGCACACACACACACACACACACUCUGCCCCUGGAUGCACGCACGCACACCCACCCACCCACCCACUCUGCCCCUGGCUGCACGCCCACAGCCCCCGGCUGCAUACCCACACCCACCCACUCAGCCCCUGGGUGCACAUGCACACCCAACCACGCACUCUACCCCUGGGUCCACUACCAAACCCACUCACCAACUCUUCCCCUGCCUGCACACCCACACCCAUGCAUGCUGCCCCUGGCUGCACAUCCAUACGUACCUGAUAACACUAAGAUGUGGGGCGAGGUGGACACACUUGAAGGGAGAGAGAGGCUGCAACUAGAUUUAGACAGGCUACAAAAGUGGGCAGAUGAGAAUAGGAUGGGGUUCAAUGUAGACAAAUGCAGGGUGCUGCACCUUGGGAGAAGGCAUCCACAGCACACAUACAGGCCGGGGAGUUCCCCUCUUGAAAGCACAGAGGUGGAAAGGGAUCUUGGAGUCAUUAUUGACUCCAAGAUGAACAUGAGCUGCCAAUGCCAGACCGCAGCCAGCAAGGCCAGCCAGACCUUGUCAUGCAUCCAAAGGUGCAUCUCAAGCUGGUCCGGAGAGGUGAUCCUCCCCCUCUAUGUGACUGUGGUCAGGCCGCAGUUGGAGUACUGCAUCCAGUACUGGGCACCGCACUUCAAAAGGGAUGUGGCCAGCCUGGAGAGGGUUCAGAGGAGGCCACCCGCUUGGUGAGAGGGCAGCAGGGCAGGCCCUACGAGGAGAUUGAGGGACCUGAACCUGUUCAGCCUCAGCAAGAGGAGGCUGAGGGGGGACCUGGUGACUGCCUACAAGCUCAUCAAGGGGAAUCAACAGCAAACAGGUAGAGCCCUUUUCUCCCCAGCACCACCUGGGGUGACGAGGAACAAUGAUAAGAAGCUGAUGGAGAAUAGGUUUAGGUUGGAGAUCAGAAGGCAAUAUUUAACAGUUAGGGUGGCCAAAAUCUGGAACCAGCUUCCCAGGAAAGUGGUCCUCGCCCCUACCUUGGGCAAAUUCAAGAGGAGGUUGGACGAUCACCUGUCUGGGGCCUUGUGAACCCAGCAUUCAUUCCUGCCUGUGGCAGGGGGUCAGGCGAGAUGAUCUGUUCAGGUCCCUCCUGACCCUAGCUACUAUGAUACUAUGAUACCUACCCACUCUGCCCAUGGCUCCACAACCACACCCACCCACCCUUCCUUUGGUUGCAAACCCACACCCAUUUACCCACUAUGUCCCUAGCUGCACACCCACCCUCCCACUCUGCUCCUGGCUGCACACGCACACACACACACACACACACGCACGCACGCCCACCCACUGUGCCCUGGGCUGCACACCCCCACCCACCCACACACUGUGCUCCUGGCUCCACAGCCACACCCAUCCACCCAUUCUGCCCCUGGCUACACACCCCACACACACCCCCAUGACACACCCACACCAGACAAACACACCCCCUAGCGGGGGUGGGGGUGGGCUGCAGGCAAGGAGUGCAAUUGCUGGGGGUGGGACGGGCUGCGCUACUUAGUCCAGCUGAGGCUCCUCCUGGUCCUACUGCCCCUGACUUCUGUCAGCAUGGACAGGAGCUGGGGCAAGUCAAUACAUUUUUAAAGCCCAAGGGCUUCCUCUGCCUCCGGCUCCCUGCAUGAUUGUUAACAGUCAUAUAAUGGGACGUCAUCAUUCCUCUCUUUCCUUUUUCUUUGAGCAUUAAAAUCUUAUUGUUCCUUUGCCCUGCCACUGGUAUUAUCCAUUUCUCCUCUUAACCAAGCUGGACUUCUAAGGAAAGUAAUGAGGAAAUGAGGUUUCAAGACUUUAUAGUAACCCUUUUUGAAAAACUCCCAACAUUUUCCCACAUUUUCCAAACAUAAAUUUCCUUUUUUUAGCAUUGGGAGUUGUUUGGACAUGUUUUCCAUUCUUCCAAAAUCAUGGUAGUGAGGUCAUGGUGUGUAGCCAGCAUGUUUCCAACAACCUCUUUCCAGCCAUCAUCACAAUGUGGUCUAAAACCAUGUUACUCUGUAAUGGAUGAGAUAUCUUUUGUUUUAGAAAAUGAUCUCAAAUUUUCAGAACUAGUUUUCCUACUUGUCUCUGUAUAUCCUGUGGGUAAUGCAUAUUUAUUCCCUUUCUUCACU